AUGGCUGCUCUCCGCUCUACUUCUUCUCGAAUCCUUGGCUCGUCCAUCAGGACAGCCAUGCGCCCUGGCGCUGUCUUCACACGCUCAAUGGCCUCUGUCAGCGAGGUCCCUCAUGAGAAGGCUCCGAACAUGAAGACCUUCCAGAUCUACCGAUGGAAUCCCGAUACCCCUACCGAAAAGCCUCGAAUGCAGUCCUAUACCAUUGACUUGAACAAGACCGGACCCAUGGUUCUGGACGCCCUUGUCCGUAUCAAGAACGAGCUCGACCCUACCCUAACCUUCCGAAGAAGUUGCCGUGAGGGUAUCUGCGGUAGCUGCGCCAUGAACAUUAACGGCCAGAACACCUUGGCCUGCUUGUGCCGAAUCCCUGCCGAGAGUUCCAGCGAAGUCAAGCUGUAUCCACUGCCUCACACCUACGUCGUCAAGGACCUCGUCCCCGAUUUGACCUACUUCUACAAGCAGUACAAGUCUAUCAAGCCUUACCUGCAGCGCGACACUCCUUCCCCUGAUGGCAAGGAAUACCGUCAGAGCAAGGAGGACCGAAAGAAGCUGGACGGUCUGUACGAAUGCAUUCUCUGUGCCUGCUGCUCAACAUCCUGCCCCUCAUACUGGUGGAACUCGGAGGAAUACCUCGGGCCUGCUAUUCUGCUCCAGUCUUACCGAUGGCUGGCUGAUUCCCGAGACGAGCGCUCAGCCGAGCGUCGUGCCAACCUGGAGAACAACAUGAGCCUGUACCGCUGCCACACUAUUCUCAACUGCACCCGUGCCUGCCCCAAGGGCCUGAACCCCGGAAAGGCCAUCGCCGAGAUCAAGAAACAGAUGGCUUUCGCGUAA